UGUCGACUUGUUGAAUAGAAGUGGAAACUGAUGCUUUAAGACUCGGGGAAAGGUCUUUCCCUUAUCUUCACCCCAUCAAGGGCCCCAAAUAACUUGCAGAUUUGUCUUGCUUCUAGAGACGUGUACUCGAAUGUUGUGCGGAGGAAGACUUAAAUAUUCGAGAAGAGAGUGGGAACUCCUGGAAUUUUAAGGGAUUUCUGUAUCUCCAAAACCGACUUUUAACUACCGGCAGCGUGGGAUUCGUGACUGUUUUUCGCCAUCCUGUGGCUCCAACAUGUACUUGCCUUCUUGGUUAAGUCAGCUGUACAGGGGUUUAUCCAGACCUAUUAGAAGGACCACCCAACCCAUCUGGGGUUCUCUCUCCAGAAGUCUGGUGCUGAGUUCACAGAGGAGAAAUCCAGAAUUCAGUAGCUUUGUUGUCCGGACCAACACAUGUGGAGAGCUGCGUUCAUCUCACUUAGGCCAAGAAGUCACCUUGUGUGGAUGGAUUCAGUACCGAAGGCAAAACACAUUCUUGGUCCUAAGAGAUUUCCAUGGGCUUGUUCAAGUUAUCAUUCCCCAGGAUGAGUCGGCAGCCUCUGUGAGGAAGAUUUUAUGUGAAGCCCCUAUGGAAUCUGUGGUGCAAGUGUCUGGUACAGUCAUUUCCCGUCCUGCAGGACAAGAGAAUCCAAAAAUGCCAACAGGUGAGAUUGAAAUCAAAGUUAAAACAGCUGAGCUUCUGAAUGCCUGCAAGAAGCUGCCCUUUGAAAUUAAGGACUUCAUGAAGAAAACAGAGGCUCUUCGGUUGCAGUAUCGCUACUUAGACUUGCGUAGUUUCCAAAUGCAGUAUAACCUGCGACUGAGGUCCCAGAUGGUCAUGAAAAUGCGGGACUAUCUCUGUAAUCUGCAUGGGUUUGUGGAUAUAGAAACUCCAACAUUGUUUAAGAGGACCCCAGGGGGUGCCAAAGAGUUUUUAGUACCAUCCAGGGAACCUGGAAAGUUUUACUCUCUCCCUCAGAGUCCUCAACAGUUCAAGCAACUUCUGAUGGUUGGCGGUUUAGACAGAUAUUUUCAGGUUGCCCGAUGUUAUCGAGAUGAAGGUUCAAGACCAGACAGACAGCCUGAGUUUACUCAGAUUGACAUAGAGAUGUCUUUUGUAGACCAGACUGGGAUCCAGAGUUUAAUUGAGGGUUUGCUUCAGUAUUCUUGGCCCAACGACAAAGACCCUGUGGUUGUUCCUUUUCCUUCUAUGACUUUUGCUGAGGCGCUGGCCACCUAUGGAACUGAUAAACCUGAUACUCGCUUUGGAAUGAAGAUUAUAGAUAUCAGUGAUGUGUUUAGAAACACAGAGAUCGGAUUUCUUCAAGAUGCACUUAGUAAGCCCCAUGGAACUGUCAAAGCCAUAUGUAUCCCUGAAGGAGCAAAAUACUUAAAAAGGAAAGACAUUGAAUCCAUUAGAAAAUUUUCAGCUGACCAUUUUGAUCAGGAAAUCUUACCUGUAUUCCUUAACACCAACAGAAACUGGAAUUCUCCAGUUGCUAACUUCAUAAGGGAGUCGAAAAGACCAGAAUUAAUCAGACUAAUGGAGACCCAAGAGGAAGAUGUGGUCCUACUAAUGGCUGGAGAGCACAAUAAAGCAUGCUCUUUGUUGGGAAAAUUACGACUGGAAUGUGCUGACCUUCUAGAAACAAGAGGAGUGGUGCUCCGUGACCCCACUCUGUUCUCUUUCCUUUGGGUAGUGGAUUUCCCACUCUUCCUCCCCAAGGAGGAAAAUCCCAGGGAGCUGGAAUCGGCCCACCACCCAUUUACCGCUCCCCACCCCAGUGACAUACACCUCCUUUACACUGAGCCCGAAAAGGAAGAUGUGAAAUUGCUCUCCCAUAUACUCCAGGCUUUAGAUUAUGGGGCACCCCCUCAUGGAGGAAUUGCCUUAGGGUUAGACAGACUAAUAUGCCUCGUCACUGGAUCUCCAAGCAUCCGAGAUGUCAUAGCCUUCCCAAAGUCCUUCCGGGGACAUGACCUCAUGAGCAAUACCCCAGAUUCUAUUCCUCCUGAGGAACUGAAGCCUUAUCAUAUCCAAGUCUCCUGGCCAACAGACUCCAAAGCAGCAAAAGCUCAUUGAAUCAUGCAUACCAUACAGAAAGUUGAGCUUUUGGGUUUUGUCCUGUUGGCUUCCCCAAAAUCAGAUCUAGAGUUCUGCCACAGGUCUGACAAUCAAGUCUUUACAUGGAAGGAAUCCAGGCAACAUUCUUCAUCACAAUGAAGAAGCAGAAGAUACCCAAUUUUGACUUGAUCACAUGCAUCAUUCAGGUUUUUUUUUUUUUUUUUUUUUUUUUUUUUUUUUUUUUUUUUUUUUUUUUUUUUUUUUUACUUAGAGAGGUGUGAAAGAUGGUUAUUUGUUGAAAUAAUAUAGUGGGGUGUACUGUUUUCAAAUCAUGUUUUUCAUACCCCAAUAUUAUUCACUUAGGACACAGGUAAUCAAAUCAUGUGUGAAAUGUGGGAAAAUGGUUGCCCCUGUAAAACUAGUGAGUUGAUAGAGUUUAUUUCAUCAGCCUCAUCAAGAGAAUCAUAUAAAUCAAGCUUUAUAAUGACAUUUCAACCAUCAACAUAAUAUAGUGAAGAGUACCAUAAUACAAUGCAGAAAACAUCACUGAAAUGAGAGUCACAAUUUUUUUUUUUUUUUCAGUGUUUCAGCCUGAGGGAGUUACAUAAACCUCUCUUAGCCUCCAUUCCUGCUAAUGUUGUGUAAAAUACAUACUUGCCCUGGCUACCUCACAGGGCUCUUGUUGCUAGAAUCAGAGGAGAUAACAUCUAUGAGAUAAAGUGAAUAAAAGUACUUUGAAAAACUAUAAAGCUUUUCACAAAUGUGAAAUAAUAUUAUCCAUCCAUACAUAGGUAGGUAGAUGUAUCUCUAUAGCUUCAGAUCAAACAAAACUGAUAUCAACAGUAAAAGUCAUUUUAUUUA